AUGGCCGACGGUCUCCUUCCUCGCGGCGCCUCCACCACCACCACCACGGGUUCGGCGUCUCCCCCCGUGUCGAGGCCCGUGGCCGCUCCCCGCAACCACACCACCAGUGCCGACGUCUCGCGUGCCCAAAUUGGGCCAUACGUCCCUGGAACCAUCCCGCCGCCGCGGAUCUCGCUGCGGCAACCAGAAAACGGCACGACGGGCCGGAUCGUCGACAAGAUCAUGGCCCCACGCCGGCUCCCGCACUUCCCGCCAGGCCACACGCAAACGGUAGCGAUGUACUACAUCAGCUACCCAGAGCGGCCGGGGGAGCGGGAACUGGUGCCGUUCAGCGAGAUCCUGCGCCAUGUCUCGCCGCGGGAGCUCGAGAGGUGGGAGAACGAGCUGCCGCAGAGGGCAGAGGAGGAAAAGAGGCGGAGGAAAAGGGAGAUGGACGAGGGGGGCACGCCGGGGAUGGUGACGCGUGCGAAGAGACGACGGACGGGGGUAGACUUGGCGAGCGAGCCCGACAAGCUGAAGGUAGUCCCAAAUAGCAGUCUUUGA